AUGGACCCUAUUGAGCAUGUUAGCCAUUUUAAUCAAAAGAUGGCUAUAUAUUCCAAGAAUGAAGUCUUGAUGUGCAAGGUUUUCCCAUUCAAUCUGGGGCCUGUGGCGAUAAGGUGGUUUGACGGUUUGAAGGCAAGUUCCAUUGAUUUCUUUAAGGAACUCACCCAAAUGUUUGGGUCCCGUUUUAUUACGUGUAGCAGAGCUCCUCAUCCUUUGGCUUCCUUGCUAUCUUUGUCCAUGAGAGAAGGAGAAAAUUGUGAGAUCUUCAACGAGAUAGAUAGUGAUUUUGAAGACGUAGCCAUCAAUACUUUCAAGCUCGGCCUGCUUGCUGAGCACGGCCUAAGGAAGUCUUUGACAGGAAAACCUGUUACUAGUAUAUGUCAACUUAUGGAUCGGAUUGACAAGUAUAAGAGGGUUGAGGAAGACCAGCAGCAAGAUAAGGGGAAGGGCGAGAUUAUCUCUCAGGAGAGGAGGGAUUUCAGGUCAGACCGCUAUAAUAAUAACAGACCCCGGAGAGAUUUUGCCGGACAAUCUGGGCUUGCAACCCCUCAAGUGGUAAACACCGUAUUCCGAGAAUCGGUGCAUCAAGUUUUAGAGAAGAUCAGGAACGAGUUGUAUUUUAAAUGGCUGAAUAAGAUGAGUGGAGAUCCUUUGAGGCACAACCAAAGCCUCUAUCGCUAG